AUUGCAACGGUGGAAUCUUGGCCCAUUCAAACCCUAAUCUGAGUUAUGUGACCCCACCUCCUUAACAACCCAUGCUUUGUUUUUUAUAUUAAUAUCACAAUUAUCGAAGAAAAAAAAAAAAAAGCUUUGUGGGUUUUGGUUUUUACGCUUCCAUUGAUGUUAUUUCUCAACAUGGGUUUUCAAAUUUCUGAUGAAUUGUUGGGUACUUUUGUCCCAAUUCUUGUCUACUGGAUUUAUUCCGGUUUGUAUGUUGGUUUAGGAUAUUUUGAGAAUUAUAGAUUGCACACUAAGCAGGAUGAGGAUGAGAAAAAUUUGGUCUCUAAAACCACUGUUGUUAAGGGCGUUCUUCUUCAACAAUCUAUUCAAGCUGUUGUUGCUAUCCUCUUGUUUACGGUAACUGCAAAUGAUUCAGAGGCUGAUAUAGAUCAACAACCUUCCCUAAUUGUUCUAGCUAGACAGUUUGUCACGGCAAUGUUGGUUUUGGAUACUUGGCAGUAUUUCAUGCAUAGAUACAUGCAUCACAACAAGUUUCUAUAUAGGCAUAUUCAUUCUCAACAUCAUCGGCUUGUUGUCCCUUAUGCAUUCGGAGCACUAUACAAUCAUCCACUGGAGGGGCUUCUUCUUGACACAAUUGGUGGGGCGUUAUCUUUUCUCCUCUCAGGGAUGUCUCCUAGAGCCUCCAUUUUCUUCUUCUCAUUUGCCACCAUCAAAACAGUGGAUGACCAUUGUGGGUUAUGGCUUCCUGGGAAUCUGUUCCACGUGUUCUUUCAAAAUAAUACUGCUUAUCAUGAUGUCCAUCAUCAGCUUUAUGGUAGCAAAUACAACUUUUCACAGCCAUUCUUUGUCAUGUGGGAUAGAAUCCUUGGAACUUAUAUGCCUUACUCACUUGAGAAGAAAGAAGGAGGCGGCUUUGAAGCACGGCUUGCUAAAGAGUACAAGGACAAUUAAAUAUUACCUGAUGAAACCAUUGUUCCAACAAUGUACCACAACACUAUUGUUUUUUCCUCUAUUAAUUAACUACAUCGGUUUUGUGAUCUGUAUAUAUAUAAAUUGUUGUGCUUUAUUUAUCUUUGUUUAUAUAGUUAACACACAAAAAGAUGUAUCCAUAUAAAUUUUGGCAGUGGAUUAUCUCUACAGUUUGUGGUUUA